AUGCCUGCUGUUCAGCUCUCCCAAGCAGCCAAUGGCGCCCUCCGCCACCUCUUCUCCGCUCGCGACAGCUUCGACGAUGACUACAACCGCGCCAGGAAGCAGGCUCAAGCAAUCGGCGGAGGCGUCAUCGCUGUGAUUGUUAUCAUCAUCGUCAUUAUAAUCGGCUCAGUCAUUGCCGCCUUCUGCAUAUGCAGUCGGCGAAAGAGCCGACGAGCGAAGCAGGAGUUGGAGAUGAAGAAUUACGUGGGCGGAGUUCCGGUUGCCGGUGCGGCGACGGCGGGCAACAUGAACGGCCAGACACAUAACGGCGAGAAUGAAUAUGGGUAUAGCAGAGGAUACGUUGCGAACGACGGCAAGAAUGCCCAGAACGCAUCGGAUGCGAUGCCCCCGGCGUACACUGCAGGAAAUAAUGGUUCCACACCAGCGAACUAG